UUCUCUUUCCUGUUCGCUUUGUUCAUGCUCUGGGUAAAUGUGGUAGAGAGUCCUGUCCCUACUUUACAGGAAAAAUUUAUGAACACAGCAUGAAAAUCUACCAAAAGUCUACUUUUUCAUCCCGAAUGAAGAAUCGUUCAUACCUGGGCCAAAUGGGAAUCUUCGCUGACACAGGUGGUACCUCAACUGAAAAACCGGGGCUAGAUCCCACUCUUAGUCUCAGAUUUACAGAAGGUGCAGACACAAAAAGGACUGUCCAUGAAUUUAUUAAAGACCACAGAGACAGAUUUAUGCUCGAGUAUGCUCUGUCAACCAAAAGAAACACAAUUCAGAAGUUUGAAAAACACACAAUAAUGAAGGAAAGACAAUUCAUGAAAGCAGAAAAAAAGCUCGAAGAAGACGCAAUGGCCUUUGAAGAGUUCCUUCGAGAAAACGACCAGAGAUCUGUAGAUGCUCUUAAAAUGGCAGCACAAGAAACUAUAAACAAACUCCAAAUGACAGCAGAGCUGAAGAAGGCGAGUAUGGAGGUACAGUUGAUGAAAAGUGAAAUAGCAAAAACAGAAUUCCUCCUUAAAGAGUACAUGCACUAUGGAUUUUUUCUGCUGAAACUGUCUCCAAAACAAUGGCAAAUCCAGCAAGCAACGAAAAGGGUGUCAAAGAAUAAAGAAAAUGUGAAUGUCAAGCUUCCAAGUAUAAUGACAACAAAACCGCGCAAGACGACCACUCCCACCCAGGAGCAAAAGAAAUCAUCCUUAUCAAACCGAGCUGAAAGUAUCAGUUCAGAAGACAGUUCGGAAUUCUUUUUAGAUGAUGAUAUGGACUAUGAUCUGGAGCCAGAACUUUAUUUCAAAGAACCCGAAGAGUUACUUCAGGUCCUCACAGAGCUGGAAGAGCAGAAUCUUACUUUGGUACAAUACUCCCAAGAUGUAGAUGAAAAUCUUAAAGAUGUAAAUAAAAAAGAAAAACUUAUACAGGAUAAAAUAAAUACCAACAUAGAGUUUCUUUUGGAACACAAGGAAAUGCUUAAGGUUAACUGUGUAAGAGAAGAGGAAAAAGCAGCAGAACUGGAAUUAAGGUCCCGGCUAUUUAGUUUUGGAGAAUGUAAUUCAGAUGCUCAGGAAAAACUGAUAGACUCUCUUAGUAAAAAAAUUAAUCAAGUAUACAAAGUCUGCAUUGGAGAUGCUGAGGUUGGCAGCCUCAACCCAGUUCAAAAGCUGGUAAAAGUAGAGUCUCGCCUGGUGGAACUGAGUGAUCUCAUUGAAUCCAUUCCCAAAGAAACCGUGGAGGCAAUUGAGAGGAUGAAACAGAAAGAACGACGGCAAAAGUUGCGUGAAGAGAAAGUGAAAGAAAAACAAAAACACCAGGAGGAAAGGCUAAAAACUGCUCUGGAAAGAGCAGGAGCACAACCAAAGAAAAAGCUGGGAAGACAACUUAUGUACCGCUCAAAACCUCCAUCUGCUAACAAACGUGAACUACUUUUAGUCAAGGAUACAAGAACAAAAUCACUGGAGGAAGAAUAUUUUUUCACUUGA